AAAUAGACUUAUUAUUUUUAGUUUUAUUUGAUGGUUUCUAAAGGAAUUUAUGAGAAUAGUACAGAACCUAAUUUCAGAAGAACUUGGGAUUUGGCAGAAUAUGCACAGAAAGCAGCAGAUAGAGAAGAAAGAGAGAAAAAAGAGGCUCGAAUAAGAUGGGAAAAGAAACAUGGAAAGUUUAAGCGUGAAGCAACACCACCCGAUGUUAAAAUUGUGGAAGCUAGAGAUAAAUUAAACCUUGAGGAAAAUUUGAAUAAAACUAUUCUUGUUCCUUAUGGAGCAUCAACAGGGCGUCAAGGAAAAGGUGUGGGUUACUAUUGCGAGGCAUGCAAUGAAACAUACAAAGAUUCAAAUAGCUGGAUUGAUCAUCUUAAUAGUAAACAACAUUUAAGAGCUACAAAUCAAACACUUCGACAAAAACGAGUAACGCUUGAGGAUGUAAGAAAAAGGCUUGCAUGGUUGAGAAAGAAAACGGUUGAUGAGAAAAAACAUUCGGAAUUUAGUUUAAGUCAAAGAAUUUCAGAAAAACAAGCGAUAGAAGAAGAAGAACGUAAAGAAAGGAAAGAAAAAAAGAAAAUGAGACGUAAAGAAAAAGUUUCUCAUGUUAAAAAAUGA